AUGAAAAUCCAUCAUAUUUCCACUAUCUUAAAUCUGUUAACAGGUGACCAUGUUCUGGGUUACUGGAUAGACAGUCCUAAAUUCUGCCCUCCUAAAACCAGUAACACAAUAUUGAGUCAAACAGCCACUGAUUCAAUGGGCACUUUGGUAUUUCCUGUUACACAUGAAGAAUACCUGAAAAAAUUAGAGUACUCAAAACUGAUGGAGGCACAGGCUGAAAAAAAGUAUGGAGAUGCGCCAAGUACUGCUCCAUCUUCACCAAUAUCGAGACCUCAUGCUAGAAAGUUGGGGAAAUCUGAGGGUAGAGAAGUUAUGGUUCCACCACCCAUCCAAAAGUCUGGAAUCACAGAUGAAAGACUUCCACUAGAACCUCCACCAAAAUCAAAGUUGUUUGGAAUAGAUGACACAGAAAUAUCACAGGCAGUAUACAAAGUUUUGAAAGGACUAUGGAUUGGAGUGUUUGCCCGCAGUUUAUGGCAAGUUUGCAUGUAUGAAAAGUCCCAAAUCUGA